AUGGCGAAAUUCAAAAAUUUGCUCAAGUUGUCAAAAUCGAAAGCUGAAAAAUUUAAACGUGAUGAAUUUUCUUUUUUACAACAAGUCGUACACAUUUUAGAUAAAGUUGAAUCUAGUCAAGAUCCUCAAGAAGUGAAUAAACUUAAUGAUAGAUUUAAAAGAUGUCAUAGAAUACUAGAUGAAUUACCCGUAAUGGCCUCAAAAACAUUUAUAGUGACAGGAGCUUCGAGAGGAAUUGGUAGAUCAGCAACACUUUUCAUGGUAAAAAAUUUUCAAAAUAAUAUAUUAGCAAUAUCACGUUCAAAGGAUGAUUUGGCGAAUUUGAAACAGCAUGUUGAAGUGGAUUUAAAUUUAAAAAAUAAAUUAGAAAUUGUGGUUGGAGAUGUUGCAGAAGAAGCUAUUAUUGAUGAAGCGAUCAAUAAAUGUCUAAAUAAAUGGAAACGAAUUGAUGGAGUUGUUUCUAAUGCAGGUGUUAUUGAGCCACUUGGUAAAAUUUUUGACACAAAUUUAGAAGAUUGGAAAAGGUAUGGAAAUGGUGGCAAUAUAAUUUUCACUUCAUCUGGUGCUGCUGUGAAAGCUUUUUAUGGUUUGGGAGCAUAUUGUUCAUCGAAAACAGCUUUAAAUAUGUUGGUUAAAACUUUGUCGAUUGAGGAAGAUAUUAUUACAUCGAUUGCAAUCAGACCAGGUGCAGUAAACACUGCAAUGCAAAAAAUUAUCAGAGAGAAAGGUGAUAAUACUAUGUCCAAAAAUGAUCAUGAAAAUUAUGUAAAAUUAUAUGAAGAUAAUGAAUUAUUAUCACCUGAUGAACCGGGAUAUGUUAUAUCUUCAUUAAUUAAUGGUAACAAAAAUGAGAUUCAUAAGUUCAGUGGAAGAUUUAUUAGUUGGAAUGAUGAAGCAAAAAAAAUAGAAAAAAAGAAACAAUUUUAA